UGCAUUUGCGAGCCAAUUUUAUGGUGAACACGGGGCUUCGAGUCCUACAGAGGACCAUGUGAAUUUAUUUGCAUGGUUCCCUACAGGAUUUGAUGGAUGCCGUAUUAGCAGAGAUUUAAUUUCGACAUCCAGAGUAUAAAAAUCGCCAUUCAUUACCGUUUCGAUGAUGGUGGGUGAGCUUUUCCGGGUUUUCCUCACCUCCUCCUUCAUACACGUUUGCCAUAAAGAAGAUCCAAAUUUGGUACAAUGUAUGAUAGCAUCUGUAGAAGACAUCCGUCCUUUUCUUGUAGAUGGUGUUCCAGAACAUAGAAUUCCAAGUUUAGAACCAUUAAUCAUGAAGGAUUUUUUUUCUGAAGAAGCCGCUGGAAUGAAAAUAACAGUCUCGAAUGUCAGCGCAUGGGGAUGUACCGAUUACUUUGUUCGUGGAAUGGAUGUUAAUAUGGAAACCCAUCUGUUUACACUUUAUAUUGAUCUCCCAAAACUUCGAAUAGAAGCUCAUUACAGUGUGGAUGGUAAACUACUCGUGUUGCCUGUAAAAGGAGAUGGAAAUUUAGAAGCUAACAUAACUGAUGCACAUGCAAGGGCACAAUUAGCUGGAGAAAUAUAUGAGAAAGAUGGAGAUAAAUAUCUGAGGUAUAAAAAUUUUGAUCUUCAUGUUGAUGUAGGAGGAGGAAACGUACGUUUGGAAAAUUUGUUUAAUGGCGAUAAAGUAUUGUUGGGAAUGAUUAAUGACGUCGUCAAUAAAAAUUUCGAUAUGUUUAUAAAGGAACUAAUGCCAAUUAUUGAAAAAGCAUUGGCAGCAGUCUUUAAAGAAGCUGCGAAUGCAAUUGUGGAAUCUUAUACUUACGAACAACUAUUUCCAUAGAUAUUAUCAGCUCGACAGAAGAUUGAUAAGGAUACAAACUGUUUUUUUAAUUUUUAUAGAGACUUUUAUGAAACAUGUUAACUAAUAAAUCCACUAAAUAAGAGGACUAA